AUGGCGAAGUCAAUUCGUUCCAAGAUCAAGAAGAGGCUCCGCACCGUGAAGAGGCAGCGGGUGGAUAAAAUGGUCGAUACCCCGAGGAGAGAAGCUUGCAACAACUCGCUGACGAAGCUGAUUAAGGGCGAGGUAUUAAUACUUAUUGCGAUCAUGCAUUACAAAUGUAGCUGCUAAGGCAAACCCGCAUUAGAAAUUCAGUCUGUAAUGCUGAGCCAACUUGUAUUGCGUUUUACACCAGUGCGAUCCUUGUUGUUUUGUAAUUCAUAGAGCAAUGAAGCUUGUAACAACUCGCUAACGAAGUUGAUUAAGGACGAGACAUGAAGGAUUUUUGUAUGACGAUGAAGCGGUGUUUAUUUUUUGCUGUAGCCAACAUCCUGCUCCUGCAGCAUCAAACAACAAGGAGCGUCGAGAACACCAGAACACCUCAAACAACACAUCACGCGGUGUUGGUUUCCGACAUGCAGCUUGCAUCAGUUCUCAAAGGCGUCGCUUCAUCAGUUUUUGCAUCACAAAAGCUUGCUCUUGUGUAGCUUUAGGUUUAGGUUUCUGUAGCAUUACAAAUUUCAAUUUUUCUUUCCAAUCAGGUCACCCGACACAAGCAAGUAAAGAACGCGUUUCUUCACCCAAACGACCCAGAGGCCGAGAUUCCGCAGAAAAGCGUGAAAAAACCGAUCGACUUCCGAUCAGAAACGCUGCCGAUGGUACUGAAUUCUUUCACUUGAUAACAUACAUGCUGGUUCAGUGUUGUUCGAUUUUUUUUUUUUCGUCUUCAACAAACACACUUCAUGCAUCCUGUUCAGCAACAUGCUACCUGCUGUGUAAAAUUUUUUACAUGCUUUGCAUGACAUGACAUGACAUGACAUGACAUGACGAAGUUGUCGUAGAGGCCUAGAUCGUUCUUGCGCAGCAGUUGUACUAGCAUGACAAAUGAAAUAAAAACCACAGUCCGGCUUCGCCACUAAUAUGAACUGCAAAACAAAGUAUCGUACUCGUAUAAAUGCAUUACAAAUUUCCUUAGCAUGAGAAAUAAAAUUUGUAAUGCUGAUUUGCCUUGAUAAAGAAAUUUGUAAUGCAAGACCUGCAUUUAUACGAGUGCGAUACUUUUGCACAGCAUAACUAAGGGUAACCGACGAAAGUACACGGAGGAAGAGCGGAAAGAAUUGCAAAAACUCGCGAAAUAUGCAUUGCAAAUAUGACUGGGUCUGGAAGGAUGCAAGGUUUGUCAUGCUAGUCUGGCGUGACUCUGAAUUCUGUAUUGCGUGGCCACAAACUACAGCCUCUCUCGCGUGUCAUGCAAAUACAACGCAGUUUCUCAUGCAGAAUACGCAGCACAGAAGCACGAAAAAACUUGUCAUGCAGCUUGGUGGCGCAUAAUUAUACCACUUAUUCUUGACUGCCUUGCAUUACAAGUUUCCAGACCCAGACAUUUUUGCAUUUGAUACGAAAUCCCACCCCGAGGAGAAGAUACUCGCGGGCAGGGGCAAACUUGCGUACGAGUCCUGCAAGGUCGGUCAGGAUAGUGCGAAACAAGUCGCUGCUGUUCUAUCCUGUGCAAAAGUAUCGUACUCGUAUUGCAAUCAUGCAUUACAAAUUUUUUUCUUAUAGGUAAAUCCGCAUUACAAAUUUUGUUUCUCAUGCUGAGGAAAUUUGUCAUGCGAUUUAUACUAGUACGAUGCUUUUGAAUUUCAUAUCUUCAGGAGAAUAACGAUUCCGAAGAGGACGCAGAAAUGGAAGAGUCUGGAGAACAAGAAGCGAAGAAAGACGACGUGGAUACAAAGCGCAAACCGGAACUGCCGAAGAAAAAAAAGAACGCCAGGAGUCGGGUACAGAAGUUCCGGCAGAAGAAGUGAUAGUUUACUUCGGGUGAGGAUUAUUUCGUUAUUGAAAAUCGCUUUUAUUAUUCGCGAUGAUCGCGAGGCAUUUGCAUUUCGCUUUCCCUUUUCCUUUGUGCCUCAUUGGCGGGCGCGGGUUGGGAGAAGGAGAUGAUGGCGGCCUCAUAUUAACAUGCAACUACAUCAAACUAUCUAAAGAUGCUCUGAUGAUGAAAGAAUAGAAAACCUGUUUGGCCCUGGCGUCAGAGGCAAGCAUUGGUGUUUGUGAGCAAGGUUUCGUGUUUGUUGUUGAUCAGAUGGCGCCCAGAGGCUUGCUCUGACUCCACUUUGUCA